UGAUGACCAACGCCACCUUCAACACCACCGCCCAGCCAGGCGCGCUGCCCCCGUUGCCUGGCGCCAAGCUGGGGCUGACCGUGCUCUCCUUGGCCUUCAUCCUGGGCUUCCCCGGCAACAUCUUCGUGGUGUGGAGCGCUCUCUGGCGUGUCCAGAAGCGUACGAUCACCUGCCUCCUCAUCCUCCACCUGGCCUUGGCCGACUGCGCCGUGCUGCUCACUUCCCCUUUCUUCCUUCGGCUCCUGAGCGCCGGGAAGUGGGAGUUCGGCUCCGUGGUCUGCCAGCUGUGCCACUAUGUCUGCGGCGUCAGCAUGUACGCCAGCAUCUCCCUCAUCACUCUCAUGAGCCUGGACCGCUGCUUAGCUGUCACUAAGCCCUUCAUCUCCCAGAAGAUCCGGACUGCCAUGGUGGUCAGGUCCUUGGUCUUGGCCAUCUGGAUGGUCUCUUUCCUCCUUGCCGUGCCGGUCAUUUUCUACCGCAAGCUGGUGCUUAGGGGCAGGCACCUUCUCUGUGACCUGUCCCAUCCCACCAUUGGCCACCUCGUCUUCCACAACCUUUUUGAGACCCUGACCGGCUUUGUGCUGCCCUUCGCUGCCAUCAUCUGGAGCUACUGUGUCAUCGGGCGCAGGCUGCAGGAGACCCGCUUCCGGAGGAAGCGCCGCACCAACCGGCUCAUUGUGCUGAUUGUGGCCGCCUUCGCCCUCUUCUGGCUACCCUUCCACGUGGUGAACAUCCUAGACGUGGUUGGGGCGCUGAGCCACUCCAAGGGACUCAUCGUGGCUGGGAAGAUGGCCCGGCCCACCCUGACGGCCCUGGCUUUCUUCAGCAGCAGCGUCAACCCCAUCCUCUAUGCCUUCACCGGUGGUGCCUUGAUCAAGUCGGCUGGCAUAGGCUUCAUGGCCAAGCUCUUUGAGGGGACGGCCUCAGAGAUGUCCAGCACGCGGAUUGGGACGGGGCGGACCAUCCAGCGGCGCGAGGAGGCCAAGUUGGAGAUGGUGCAGGAUGGGAACCCAGAGAGCAUCACCCUUUCCACCAACCCGCUGGAGUAGCCCUCGGCCAUGUGGGACAGGCACUCCGACAAUCCCACUGCAUCCACCAACACCCUGGACUAGCACUAGGGCACGUGG